UUUUCCCAAUACUGCUUCUAGUUUUUCCACUUCAUUAUCAUUUAUCAGUUGCCUCUCAUAUUCUAUUGGCACACACAUUGAGAGGAGCUUUUGAAACUUAAGGCCAUGGAGGAUGCUAGGAGAGUGGGACAAAGGCCUGGCGAGACACCGCUCAUAAAGGAUGACCAUGAUAGUAAGAGCGAGGAUGUAGAGCCAACUGCCAAGGAGGAGACUGUGAUCACGGUACUCAAUCCUCGGUCAUCUGUCUCGGGGGAAAAUAAGGUGGUAGAGGAGCAACUGGUUGUUAAGCCGAAGACCAAGCGGGUCGCGACUUUGGAUGCAUUCAGAGGGCUUACCAUAGUGUUGAUGAUACUCGUGGAUGAUGCGGGAGGAGCUUACUCAAAAAUUGAUCAUUCGCCGUGGAAUGGAUGCACUUUGGCCGACUUCGUCAUGCCUUUCUUUCUCUUCAUUGUGGGAGUUGCAAUUGCCCUUGCCCUCAAGAAAAUUCCGAAGAUGAGUGCUGCAAUUAGAAAGAUCGCAUUGAGGACAUUGAAGCUUCUCUUCUGGGGAAUUCUCUUGCAGGGAGGAUACUCUCAUGCACCCGAUAACCUUUCCUAUGGAGUCGACAUGAAGCAAAUUAGGUGGUGUGGCAUCCUUCAGAGGAUAGCUUUGGUGUACUUCGUGGUGGCUCUAGUCGAGACCCUAACCACCAAGCGCCGGCCGACCGUUUUGGAACCGGGACAUCUGUCUAUCUUCACAGCAUAUCAAUGGCAAUGGAUCACGGGUUUCAUUGCUUUCACUAUCUACAUGGUGAUUACGUUCGCGCUAUAUGUUCCUGAUUGGAGUUUUAGUGUCUCAGAUGAUGAUGGGUCCAAGCGAUACACGGUGAAGUGCGGAAUGAGAGGGCACUUGGGACCUGCUUGCAAUGCAGUCGGUUACGUAGAUCGGCAGGUCUGGGGCGUCAAUCAUCUAUACGCUUAUCCUGUGUGGCAGCGGUUGAAGGCUUGUACACUUAGCGCACCAAAUUCGGGUCCCUUCCGUGAGGAUGCUCCAAACUGGUGCCGGGCCCCAUUCGAGCCUGAAGGGUUGUUGAGUUCAAUAUCAGCCAUCGUCUCUGGCACCAUUGGCAUCCAUUAUGGACAUGUCCUGGUUCACUUCAAGGGCCACGCUGAGCGGCUGAAGCAGUGGGUCUCGAUGGGGCUGUGCUUGCUAGUUGUGGCCAUCAUCCUUCAUUUCACAGAUGCAAUUCCUAUCAACAAGCAGCUAUACAGCUUCAGUUAUGUCUGCUUCACAGCCGGGGCAGCAGGCAUUGUGUUCUCCGGUUUCUACAUUCUGAUUGAUGUGUGGGGGUUCCGAACACCGUUCCUGUUCCUGGAGUGGAUUGGGAUGAACGCGAUGCUCGUAUUCGUGAUGGCGGCUCAGGGCAUCUUUGAGGGAUUUAUCAAUGGAUGGUAUUACAAGAAUUCGGACAACACACUCGUUUACUGGAUCCAGAAGCACAUCUUCAACGAUGUAUGGCACUCCGAGAGGGUGGGGACGCUCCUGUACGUGAUUUUCGCACAAAUCACGUUCUGGGGAGUCGUUUCCGGGAUAUUGCACAAACUGGGAAUAUACUGGAAGCUCUGAAAAGCAAAUUUUGUAACAGAGCAGAGCAGAAUUCAUGCACAAGGCUUCCCUGUUCUUUUACCAUGUUGUAUGGAAUUAUUUUCGGUUUGUAUUAUUAUGUAAGGGUUUGCGAAUGUUAAUAUGUAGCUGAGCUUCUUUGGCUUUCCCGAGCAAAAACGUUACUU